AUGAAAGAAACGAAACAAGUCAUUCCAAUUGUCAAAUCAAAAGAUGAACGAGAGGUCGAUGAGGAAAAUCCAAAGGAUGACACAUCAAGUGAUCUUUUUAUUCAAGAAGAUAAGAGAAAGAUUGCAUUCUUUGGUUCAAUUAAAAUGUGGCUAAUUUUGAUAAUUUCCAUAAUUGUAUUGUUGACAGUUUUUAUUCUGUCAGCGAUUUGGUUGAGCAGUUUUAUGCCAUCAGUGGUUUCGUAUAGUUCAGAAUUGAGAGAUUUUGAGUUUAACAAUAUUAUUUCAUUUGUAGAACAGUUGAUUAGAGAAGUGUCAAUGUCAAGUGAUAAUGCCAAACAUUUAAUGUUGAAAUCACUUGAUUUUUCGAAUAGAGAUCAGAUAGAAGUGUUGAUUUAUCAGUUUUAUAAGCAACAAAAGGGUUACAUGAAAGGAGUUGUUGUCACUUGCAAUAUUGGUGACAAUGAAGGAAGAAGUUCAAUUCCUGACAUUCAAUUAGGAUUUUUUGACUUGACUGUUAUGAUUACAACAGGAAAUACUCAUCCAAACAAAGCAACCAUGUCUCUAAGUUUCAUAGAUGCAUCACAACCACAGUAUACUUUCAUUACCAUGUAUAAUUCAAUGCCAUUAACUCAACCAGAUCCAAAAGGAAACAAAUUUAAAUAUUAUUUGGCCAUUGACAUGUCUGCUGAGACUAUUUCUCAAUAUUUAGCGAAUGCAACUUCUAAAAUAAGUGGUUCUAAGAGUUUUAUUAUUGAAAUGGCAACUCAAUAUAUGAUUGCAAUUGCAGUUGUUAAUUCAGAUGGAUCUGUCACAAGACAAACCUAUCUCAAAAUUGAUAAUGAUGAAAGAGUUUCGUCAAUUGCUCGUAUAUUAGAAAAAAAUUAUGGAACUAGUUUGAAUAUUAAAUGCAAUACCAAGUAUUUGAUUACAUCUGCAACUGAUUACAUUUCAGUUUAUAGAUUAUGCACAGAUACUGAUGUUGAUUGGUUGUUUGUGUUGGCAGUUCCUCAAUGGAAUUAUAUUAGUUCAAUUGUUAUUGCUGUAAUUUGUGCUACUCUUGGUGCCACAUUAAUUGUCACAACAGGUGUAGCCAUUUCCAUCUUCAUUUCAGUCAGAUUAGUGAAACCAUUUUACAACUUGAUUGAUUUAUUCGAAAGUGUUUCUCACAUGGAUUUGGAUAAUUUAAUAAUUCAUGAUUCCAAAUUUACAGAAGUUAAACAUUUACAAACUCAUUUCAAAACCAUGACAGAUAGAAUCAAACUUUACAGAGCUUUCAUUCCAUCACAUUUACUUUCUCAAUUAGAUCAAGGAGGUGGCAACAAUGAAAACAAUGGAGGUCAAGAUUCAAAGAAGAAACACGAUGCUUCAAUGGAUUCCUCUCAUAAAUCCUCAAAAGAAUCUGCUUGGAGUAGAAGUCAUGCAGGAGAUAGUUCAAGUUCACAUCGAAGAUAUUCGAAUGAUUUGGAUAUUUUCUCACUUCAUUUGGAUCGAAAGAAAUUAUCCAUUGUUGCAAUUCAUAUUGAAGGGUUGAAUAGAUUAUUCUCUGAAAUAUCAGCAGGAGACUGUGUUGAUUUAUUGAAAGAUUUCUUUGAUCAUUUGGGAUUAGUUUGUAGAACAAGUAAUGGUUAUCUGGGAAAUUUUGAAAAUGAUUUAAUUUCAAUUUCAUUCAAUGCAAGUUCAAAUCAAUCGAAACAUUCAGAAAAAGCAGCUUCAGCAUGUGUUCAAUUAAUGGAAAAGUUGAACACAACCAAAUCAAAGAAAUGGCCAAAUCAAUUGAAAAAGAAACCUCACUUGAUUGAAAUUGUUAAAUUUAGAUUUGCAAUUUGUGUUCAAGAAUCAUUGUGUGGAAAUUUGGGAUCUAAUGAUUUUAAGAAUUUCACAGUUAUUUCAAGUGCCAAAUUCAAUUUGGAAUGCAUGUUGGAUGUUGCAUCAAAAUUGAAUUUGAAUAUUGUAUUAUCUGAUAGAGUAUUUGCAAAUUUAGAAGAACAUUAUCAAAUGAGAUAUGUUUAUACGAAAGAAUUAAUUCCAGAUUCACAUUAUUCAUCUCCAUUUAUUCAACACAAAGAAAAUGAAAGAGCACCAAUUGAACCAACACAUAUUUAUGAAUUGGGUGAAAGCUUACAUAUUGGAAUGGAUGAAUGGAUGUAUGAAUUACAAGAAAAGGAAAAGAAAGCAAAAUGGACCAAAUACAAUCAAGCUUGCAAACUCUUCUUCUCAAAUCAAUUCGAAGAAGCUAAGGAACUCUUCAAAGAAUAUCAUGAACUCAACAAUGAUGUGGCGGCUGAAUUACUAAUGCACAAAUGUUCCAAAAUUAAUUAA